UCAAAGUCAGUGCGGUUCCACCAUCCGUAAAUAACCCCCAAAUCCAAGCCCUGAUCUCAACCUUUUUAAUCCCCCCAAACCUUCUCUCUCUCUCUCUCUCUCAAAAUCAUCUCCCCCAAAAAUCCCAACUCUCUCUCUCUCUCUCUCUCUCUCCCUACAAGGUUCAGGUGUGAUUAAGCUCAUCGAUUAUUCGAUUUUGUCUCAUAGAUACAUAUAUAUAUAUAGAUUUGGACUUGGAUUUGGAUACAGUGUCGUAGGGUUUGAGAGUUAGAGUGAAGAAGAUAAACAAAAACCAUGUCGCUGAGGCCUAGUGCGAGAACCGAGGUUCGCCGGAACCGUUACAAGGUCGCCGUCGAUGCCGAGGAGGGUCGGAGACGGAGGGAGGACAACAUGGUUGAGAUCCGCAAGAGCAAGCGCGAAGAGAGCUUGCUCAAGAAGCGUCGCGAAGGUCUUCAAGCCCAGCAAUUCCCUUCCAACAUUCAUGCCUCCACAGUCGAGAAAAAGUUAGAGAGUCUUCCUUCCUUGGUUGCUGGUGUUUGGUCAAAUGAUAGCAAUCUGCAACUGGAGGCUACUACACAAUUCCGUAAAUUGCUUUCAAUAGAACGAAGUCCCCCGAUUGAAGAAGUUAUACAAUCUGGUGUUGUUCCCCGCUUUGUAGAGUUUCUUAUGAGGGAGGAUUUCCCUCAACUUCAGUUUGAGGCUGCUUGGGCACUGACAAACAUUGCUUCUGGUACCUCGGAAAAUACUAAGGUGGUAAUUGAUCAUGGAGCAGUUCCUAUUUUUGUCAAGCUUUUAGCUUCUCCGAGUGAUGAUGUUCGCGAGCAGGCUGUGUGGGCAUUGGGUAAUGUUGCUGGUGACUCCCCUAGGUGCCGUGAUCUCGUGCUCGGCAAUGGCGCUUUGAUUCCUUUGCUGGCACAGUUGAAUGAACAUGCCAAACUUUCAAUGCUGAGAAAUGCCACAUGGACAUUAUCAAACUUUUGCAGGGGCAAGCCACAGCCUCCGUUUGAUCAGACAAAACCUGCUCUUCCUGCCCUCCAGCGACUUAUUCACUCAAGUGACGAAGAGGUGUUGACAGACGCAUGCUGGGCGCUCUCGUAUCUCUCUGAUGGUACAAAUGACAAAAUUCAAGCUGUGAUUGAGGCAGGUGUCUGUCAACGACUUGUUGAACUACUCCUCCAUCCAUCCCCAUCGGUGCUCAUUCCAGCACUUCGCACAGUUGGCAAUAUUGUGACAGGAGAUGAUGUUCAGACUCAGUCUAUAAUUGAGCAUGGUGCACUUCCAUGCUUGCUGAAUCUGUUAACCCAUAAUCAUAAGAAGAGCAUCAAGAAAGAAGCCUGUUGGACAAUCUCAAACAUUACUGCUGGAAACAAGGAACAGAUACAGGCUGUAAUUGAGGCUGGUUUAAUUGCUCCACUAGUCAAUCUGCUUCAAACUGCUGAGUUUGAUAUAAAGAAAGAGGCUGCUUGGGCAAUUUCAAAUGCUACUUCUGGUGGUACUCAUGAGCAAAUCAAGUACUUGGUUGGUCAGGGCUGUAUAAAGCCUUUAUGCGAUCUCCUUGUAUGUCCUGAUCCAAGGAUUAUCACUGUCUGUUUGGAAGGGCUGGAAAAUAUCUUGAAGGUUGGGGAAGUUGAGAAGAACUUGGGAAACUCAGGAGAUGUUAAUUACUAUGCCCAGUUGAUAGAUGAUGCUGAGGGGUUGGAAAAGAUAGAAAAUCUCCAGAGUCAUGACAACAAUGAGAUUUAUGAGAAGGCUGUGAAGAUUCUUGAGACGUAUUGGUUGGAAGAGGAGGAUGAGACUUUACCUUCGGGUGAUGGUCCGCAGCCUGGGUUCAACUUUGGAGGAAAUGAUGUUCAAGUUCCAUCUGGUGGAUUCAACUUCGGCUAAAGGAAUUCCAGUUUGGGGAUGAAGUUGUUCGUGCCGAGGGCAACAAGGUAUAUGUCAGUGUCAGGUCAGGUCAACUCACUGUGUCCGGUCAUGUUCAGUGUCGGUCGUCGUGGAACAGUGCUUAGCUGGGGCUAUUAUAAUACUACAGUGGUCAAAUAAAAAGGGUACCGCGGGUUUAAACAGUGCAAAAGAUCGCCUGGUAGUGGUUUGACUUUUCGCCUUGUAUCGUGGAA